CUUUUCUCGACCUGCGAAUUGAUUUUGUUUCAUUUCCCGGAGAUGUACGAUUGACGAUUACACCAAGGGAAUUUCCCGAGGGUCUCUUCAUGAUCGGCCAUGGGUGGUGUGCAGAGUGGAACUCAUAAUCUUGGCGAGGCGUUAUGGGUGCAGGAGCGACAGCGGCAAAAGUGUCAUCGAGAUGGCAGUCGCUACGAUUCCCACUCGGCACAGUCGACGCAGGAACGCAGCAAGUUACUGAAGCGUACGAGAAGUCUCGCAGUGAUAUCGGAGGAUGAUUCGCGACAAAAUCGAGAAGCAGCGCAGCACUUUCGGCUAGGUCAAUCGAGCUUCGAUUUACCCAGGAAAUAUCAAUUGAUACCGAGAGCCAAGCUGAUCGAUCGGAAUUCUCUCAAGGACAGACUUUCUAAGAGUCAGCAGCAUCUUUCAGAUUCUUACGAGAGAUUCAACGAGGCAAAACCAUAUUAUUCGCGAUCGACGUGCGGCCUUCACUCAAUUCCACCCGGUCUCGCAUCACUUCCAGAUCCGCUACCUUAUGUCCGAGGAAAUCGUGCCAAUCCUGAUCGACUAAAUAUUCUCGAUUGGCCGGAUCCUCCAAGACGCUAUUGCAGCGUGCAGAAUUUGGAUACCGUAAGCGGAUUGAUCGAUAUCGUCGAGGAUACUUGGCCCAUUGAAGGCAAUCGGAGUAUCGAUUGUAUAUAUACGCAGGUGAAGCGCAAACGUAAAGAGCACAGGAGUUUAGACAGCAUUCUCUUCGAGGACGACGCGGAGCUGGAAUAUUUCGACGUGUUGAAUUUACUGCCUCUUUCCAACAUACGGCUGGGAUACGACGAAGCAGAUUUGUCGAAAGACGAUAAUUUGACGCGAAAGACGGAACAGCUGCACGGUUCGCGGGAUUUAAGAAUACUUGAGUACGAGUCGAGCAGCGAGGCUUCGCCGACGAGAGGCAGCAACGCCACGGACGAGGAGAAAUGUAAAGAGAACACAGUGAACGAGGAUAAUCCCGCUUUAACCAAUAGUUCGGAGAAGAGAGACCGCGAUCUCAAUUUGUCCAAAGAAUCGAGCCGACGAGAUUUAGUAAAACGAGAGCGUCGAAAAUCUGACGAAAGACACGGAAAAAAUUCGCAGAUUAGCUCGACGAACAAAUUCGUAGAUCAGCACAUUCUUUUAUCCUCGACUGAUCAGAAUCAGACGAAGGCCGAUGUCGAUGAUCUCGUGACCUCCUGCGAAGAGGAUCGCAAGCUCGAGGAGGUGGAGGAUUAUAAGUCGAUCUGGAUCUCGAACGAGGACCAUCACAAGAUGUCAAGAAGACCGCAGAUACUCAAAGUCGUCGAUAAUGACGUCACCAAGAGACGCCAUCGACGUUCCGUCGUGGAAAUUGAUGCCAUCGUCGAGGACGUACCGAAGGAUAAAAUAUCGCAGAACAUUGCGAAAGAAGCGAACGAGCGUAUCGAUGUCUCCGUGAUUAAUUCGAGUAAUAAUGUGAACAAGGAGAACGAAGGAAAAAACGGAAAGGAUGCUCCAACCCGGAUACUGGAAAAUGCGGCAACGUUGGAAGACGCGAGAAAUUUCUUCGAGCGGAAAAGGACCGAGAAGGAAGCGACGCGAAAUAAACAGAACGGGGGGAGAUUCGAGAGGAUUGUGAAGGAAACGUCUAAUAUUCUCGGCAAGGCGUGCAGCGUUGUAAAGGGUAGUUUGGGCUUUGAAGCGAGAUCGGAAAGCUCCGAUCUCGGUCUGGGUUCCGAAUCCGGAAGCGACUCCCGCAGACGAUCGAUGGACGACGACGCUGAAGACGAUCGGUCCAGGAACGUCGAGAAUUCUGGCGGGAAAAUCGGUAACGGUAAAAAGUCUCACACUAAUCUGAUCAGGUCCAGAAGCUGCGUGGACUCGAUAGAAUGCCAGGACGAUGGCGCUGAAUUCGAUCACGUGCGCUACAAGAUCGUCAAGUCGCAUAUGUUCAGCAAGAACAUGUUCAACACCGCUAGGGGUGACGUCACGUACGAAGGACUGAUGCAGUACCUGCGCGAAUACUCGUUCCAGGAAUUGCUGAUGGACAACAACGUCGUAAUCAUCGAGCCGGUUCGCGCCGAGCCGGUGGAAAGAAAAUCGUCGACGUUGACCAGAACGGAACCCACGUGCAAGAUCGCCGGUGCGAUUCAGAAGAAGGAGAAUCGCGAGAGGAAUGAUGAACAGUCCGGAAGCAGCGGCACCGGGAAAAGUUCCAGACAAUCGUCCAUCAGGAAACACUUCUUCUACCACCCUAUACGAGUGAAUCGCGAAUUAAUUGAUGAGGAGCUGCCAGAUCCGGAUACGGUGAAAAAUGUAAGGCGUAUGUUCGAGAAUACUCUCCAGAAAAAGAAGAGCGCGUCCGACGCCGAAUUCUCUAGGGACUGCAAGAAUAGGAGGAGCGUUAGCAUGAAAGAUUUGACUAGCCUCGAUGACAGUCGAUAUGACGAAAUGUCCGACAAGGCACGCGAAGAGUCCAGAUCCAGAUGUUCCAGUAGGGCGAAAGAUCUCACAAGACUCUUCGAGACCAAGUCCGCGUCAUCGACUGCCUCUGUUGUCAAGGAAGCACCUGGGAGUCCACGGAGCGAAUCAAAGACGCGGAUUCUCGCACAAAGUUUCGAAGCUCGCAGCGGAAAUACAUCGCCAAGCGGUUCGAACUGUUCUAAAAAUAAAGUCAGCCGCUACCAUCAUCAUCACCAGCACCAAAACUGGGAUACCGGUAGCGUGAGUUCUGGCGUGUCCAGCGAUUAUCUCGACACCGAUCCCGGAAGUGGCGCUCAUUGCACAUCAUCUGACGAUGAUGAGAUGAAUUGUAACGAUGAUGACGCGUCCGCGAAUGCUCCGGGGCACUACGUGUCGCAAGACGUACUGAAGAAGAUCCGCGAAUAUGGCACUUCGGUAACUUACUACGGCGGGAAAGUAGUGAACAUGCACAACGGACCGUUGAUAUCGCCGUUGAUCGGCAAUGGCUUCAAGCGGGUCGACGAGUCGAACGAUUACGUCAAGUUCAAGUUGGUGAAGAGCAACUCGUGCGACAGUAGACUGGAGCUAACGGGCAGACUUAUCGAGAGACGCCGCAGCUGCGACAAAAGCGCUAAUCUCAGACAAUGCACCAUCGCGGAGACACCCAGCAUCGAGAUCACGACGAUCGACAGUAGACGAGAAAACGAGGAGCAGAGAGAUGAGGGUGUCGAGCAAGUCGCGCAAAUGAAGAGAGAACCGCCGGUGGUGAUCGGUUUGGAGCCGAAGAGAGAAGAGUCCAAGGAGACGAGGAGGACGUUUAAAGCCGAGUUCAAACUGGGCGAUCUAGAUGACUUGGGAUCCAAUUAUCCGAGCAAAUUUAUGCCGAGCGCGUUAACGAGAUGGGAAGUGAACACGAGCUGGAGAGUCGACAAUGACUUCGGCAAAAUGGAGUUUGAGGAAUUUGAGGUGCUCGAGGAUAGUCUCAAUGGAAUCGACGGACAGAAUCGAUGCGCGCAAGCAUCCUGAACGAGAGGUUUCUUGUAUGGUAUAUUUAUUUUUUUAAUACGCGAUUGCGAGGAUAAACGAGGAUUGCCAAAGGAAAUAAAUAAGUGUUAUUAUUCUUAAUAAAAUUAAGUGAAAUUUCAUUACGCGUUAAUGAAAAUAAUUUUUUGUAAGAAUAUGUAAGUUUAUGAAAAAGUAAUUUCCAAUCGUACAGGAAUAAAUAUGUUGUUGAAAAAAGUUGAAAUAAAGUUAAACAUUGUUAACAAAAGCACCUACCUUUCGUAGAAUAUAUUAAGAAAUGUUUCUGGUAGCAAAUAAUAAAAAUGCUGCAAAAAAACAUUUAUAGUCAAGCUAAUUUAUCAUUCAAGUUGAUGCAUUCAUUAAUCUAUUAUCGCAAGUGGAUAAGUCCACACGAGUCAUAUUUUAUAGAAGUUUAUGUAGAGAGAGUUAAAAAUAAGUUAUAAUACACGUACAAAAGUUUUAAUGUAAUAUCAUAUGUACUAUACAAAGUAUAGACAAACAAUCAAUGUUCGAGUGUAUUAAAUGUGUAAUAAAUAAUGUAUAUAAUA